GAUUACUGAUCAAAUUCUGUUAUUGUAAUCUCUUUUCAUUUCAUUUCUUUUUCUUUUUCCUUCGUUUUUUCUGGAGUAUGAAAUAUUAAUUAGCAUGCCAGCCAGUAUUCUUGCAGAAUAAUCUUCACGAAGUUGGUUCAGGUAAUUUCAUUGAAAGGGUCUAGAGAAAGCUCGUGACUUCUUUUUGGAUACGUCCAGAACUGGCUCUAAUAUUCUAAGGAUUGCAGCCAACAGCCAAUUUACCUAAACAUCAACACCUCACUAGUCCCCAAAAAACACCAAAAAUGUCAGGAGUAACCCUUGCAGUGGCUCCACGGUCGGAGCCGGACACCACCACCACCACCACCGACAAAAACCGAUCGAAGCGACCACCAGAGCAGCCGCUCCUCGCUGACCGCGGCGGCGUAAUGGGGUCACUACGCAUCAUAGAGCUCCAGCUAGUGGCCUUCAUUAUGGUGUUCUCAGUGAGCGGCCUUGUCCCGCUUCUAGACCUUGUCUUCCCAGCGUUCACCACCGCUUACCUUUUCGCCCUCACCCGCUUCGCCUUCCCCUCCCACGGCCACGUCGCUUCGGCCUCCAAAGAGAUCUUCCAGGGAAGCAAGCUGUUGAGGUUUUACGUGAUCAUGGGAACUACCAUUGGGCUGUUCUUGCCCUUGGCUUACGUGCUUGGCGGCUUCGCGAGAGGCGACGAGCGCGCCGUUCGGUCGGCGACUCCUCACCUAUUCCUGCUCUCGUUUCAGAUUCUGACUGAGAAUAUCAUCAGUGGUUUGUCGUUGUUUUCGCCUCCUGUUAGGGCUGUGGUUCCUGUGCUUUACACUGUGAGGAGGAUCUUUGUCAUCAUUGACUGGACUAAGGAUGUUUGGGUUAACAAAACUCUUCCUCCAAACGCACAACUCAAGGAGGUGGCGUGGUAUUGGUUUGGAAGGUGCUUGGCGAUGUCUAAUUUGGUCUACUUUUCGAUAAAUCUGUUUGUGUUUUUGAUUCCUCGGUUCCUUCCAAGAGCUUUCGAAAGGUAUUUCAAGGAAAGGGAUGAGGUUCAUGACAAGAUGGCCGAGGACAAGCGACCUGCGGCCAUGAAUAAGUCUCAGCCUACGGAUAAGAAAGCUAAUUAA